AUGGCGCUGGCAUUGGUCAAAAACGGAAUUAAGUGUCGUAUUAUAGAUAAAGAAUUUUCUUUUCACGUCGGAUCCCGUGGAUUUGGAAUCCAGCCUCGUACCUUUGAACUCAUGGAAUUGCUCGGCAUCGUUGACGAUGUCUUCAAGCUCGCAACAGACAUCCCGACUAUGAGAGCUUAUAAGCCUGGCGGUAUUGAGCCUACGAAGACGUGGGAUCUUUACGAGAAGACUCAGAUUCGGCCAGAUCGCCCCUAUGGAAAUGGCAAGUGUCUCAGCCAGUCGGUACUGGAAGAAAUAUUUCGCUCCCACCUAGGGAGCUACGAUUGUCGCGUCGAGUUGGGGACAGAACUUAUUGGUUUCCAGCAAGAUGCUGAAGGAGUCACCGCUACAAUAGUCCGGCAGGGCACCUCUCCAUCCAAAGAGGCUGUCCGCGCUCAGUUUCUGGUGGGUGCGGACGGUGCUAAAGGGAUAACAAGGAAGCUGCUGGGGCUGACUUUCCAAGGCGAGACUCGUGAUACUGAUGGAAUGGUUUGGGGAGAUGUGGAGAUCCAGGGACUUAGCAAUAAUUAUUGGCAUAUUUGGGGUAAGCCAGGGCAGUUCACACUUCUGGCUCGGCCCACCACACCGAAUGGCAGCACAUUUAGCAUUGGAGUUACAUGUCAGAAUUUUGACCCAGUGGACCUAGCCAAUGCAGAUAAUCUCAUCAAGUUCAUACGUGAUGAGAGUGGUAUGAAGGAGCUUACGUUCGGCACGUUCACAUGGCUUUCGUACUUCAAACCAAAUAUGCGCAUCGUUAAUAAAUUCAGCGAAGGCCGGGUAUUCUUAGUUGGAGAUAUUGCACACGUUCACUCUCCCACCGGCGGACAAGGAAUGAACUGCAGCGUACAGGAUUCGUACAACUUGGCAUGGAAGAUUGCGCUUGUACAUCAGGGAUACGCAGAUAUCUCGCUCUUAUCCACCUACAAUGAAGAACGCCUUCCGGUCAUCACGCAGAUGCUACAUGCGACGACAACUCUUUAUACCCACACAGUCGCCAAGAAGAAAGUCAACAGUGAAGAGCAAAAGGACGAUCCCAAGUCGAGCGGCUGGUUCAGAUGGCGCAACAAUGCUCUGCAUCUGUAUGGUGUCAACUACAGGUGGAGUUCCAUCACAUCAGAUGAGAGGGGUACCGAUGGUCAAGAUGAUGAAGAUAUGAGGGCACUCGCCUACGAGGGGUACAAGGGUAGCGUCCGCGCGGGAGACCGAGCACCUGAAGCACCAGGACUGUUGGAUGGUUCCGGAAAGGAGACCACCCUAUUUCAUCUUUACAGCCCGUCGAAACAUACCGUACUCAUCUUUGUCCCCAAGAAUGCUACGACUGAGGUCGUCGUCGCUUCGACGAAAGUACUCUCGGUCAUUCCUUCUGCCAUUGUCCAGAACUUUAUCAUCUCUUCUACGUCGAUGCCGAACAUCUACGACUCUGCGGACAUCCUAUUCGAUGGCGAGGGACAUGCACGCGCUGCAUACUGUGUCGAUCAGGAUGAGGUAAACAUUGUGGUAGUUCGCCCGGACGGUAUAAUUGGUGCAUUCGCUACGAGUGCAAUGGGUAUACAGUACUACUUUUCGAGAAUAUUGAACCAGUAG